AUGUCAUCAGAAGUGCUUCGUGGUAUUGAUCCUCGUGGAUAUGUGUCCACAUUUAUCAGAGAAGGGGUUUAUCCGGAUGGGCGGGGCCUCCUUGAUGAGCAAAAACUCGUUUUCAAGCAAAGCGAAUGCGGAGGUGUUGGCUCAUCCGUCGUGAGCACACAAGGAGUAACAGUUUCAUGCACAAUAGAAGCAUCAGUUUCACUCGUUAGUGAUGCCCCACUAGUUGAUAUUCAAAUAGAAUCUUCACAGCAACUAGCAGAGAAAGAUGCUGAAGAUUACAACAACCUGUUGCUAUCACUAUUCACGAACGAGUAUUUUAUUCGACGAGAAAAUCUGCGUUGUCUUGAUACUUCCGGGAAGACGCUGCCUCUGGAAUGGCAACUUCAUGUCACCCUCAAAGUAUUGAGCCUCGAAGGGAGUUUAUUGGAUGCAGCUGUGUGUGCUAUCGGCGCGGCGCUUGCUGAUACCAAACUCCCUUCAAUCGCUUUGGAUCAUGCAGAUACUGAUGAGUCCGCUAUCGAAAAAACACAGAUUCAAGCCGACUAUCGGACAGUUCAUAAAUUGAGUUUGGAGGAACCUCUCAUGUGCUGCUCCUUUGGAAUAUUUGUGGACAGCGGAGCUAAAAAGAACGAUGAAAUUCUUCUCUUAACUCCAACCCUCGAAGUCAUAGCUGUGUGCCGUUCUACUUGUUCUGUUGUUGUCGGCAAGAACGAUCUGAUGGUGCUGAUUCGAGAAAGAGGACGACUCAGUCAAUUCUCAUUGAUCAAGAUCGAAAUGCGUUACUUCGGAUCAUACAACAGAAACAAAGGCUUGUUCAAUGAAGGAAAGGACAUUAUGAUGUAUCAGCAAGCGAGAGACGAAGAGAUUGAGAGAAGAAAAGCAGCUAAACUCGAAGUGGAUUCAGAUACACAUGUUGGCCUAUGGCUACUUUGUCACCCAGACAACUCUGUGGCAGUUGCCAUGUUCAAUACGAUGCAUCGUUUGGCUGAGGAUCUCGUACUGGAAGUUACUCAUGAUGAUAUCAUUUCAUGGUUGGGGACGGCUAUUCGAUGCCAUCCUUCCAACCUUGUGCCACGUGGUGAAGCCAUGACUAUUCGUGAGAAGCAAACACUAUCGGCUGAUCCACGUGGAAGUGAUUGGAACGUUGGAGUUGGAAUCACUCAAACCUGCCUUCUGAUGCAAUACCUCGCAAGUUGUUCGCUCAACAAGAUCAGUGUCGAUGAGCGAGCGAAUGUGCUUUUCGCUCUCCUCCGCAUCUUCAGUGAUUCUAAUGAAAUCGCAACCUCACCACAUACUCGCAAAUUUGUACGUUGUAUUUAUUCGCCGAAUGUUCGUGUUGAACUCAUUGAUGCUUUUGCUUCGAUUUUCUUCCAACUCUCGACCGACGUUGCUACAAUGGCGAAUGCUAUUCGUACAAUGUGGAAAAUCACCGAAGACGAACCACUUGUGAUGAGAUUGACUGUCGAGAUCCUCAUGUGCCUGUGUCAGAGAUCAGAAGUCGUUUCCAACCUCCCAGAUUUCAAACUGGGUGACCAAAUGUACUGCAAGCAAGUGAAAAUGAUCAUUCUCGACUUGACAUCUGAUGCCCACGAUCAAGUUCCCGAUGUUCACCAGAAGGAUGAGCUUAGCAAUUUGGUCAACGAAGUGUUCAACUUGAAGAAGUGA